AUGUUCAAAAAGACUCUUUUUAUCGCUCUCUACGCUUUCGUCUUCUUGGCAACCUUACAUCUAGCUUCUGGUAUGCCAACAAUUUCCGCAGGUGAACACUUCAUCGAGUGGUCAAAGAGAAAUCCUGCUGCUUGCUAUGGCGAUUGCGCAGGUCGUGGAGAGCCUUACACGGGACGUGGUGGUGAAGGACGUGCAACUGGAUAA